AUGGUUGUCUCUUUAAAUAGCAAACAAAUUGAUGUUGAUGUUUUACUUAAUUCUGGUCUUAAUGAUAAUUUGUCUAUAGAUGAAAUUAUUCAGAAAUUAAAUGAAAUUUCUUUCGAUUUAAUAUCAAAUUAUCUUAUUCAUGAUUUUUUUAUUUUAAAAUUUUUUUCUCGAAUUAAUGAAAUUCUACAACAAUGGAAUAAUGAUAAUCGAAUAAUAUUAAAUGAAAAUGAUUCAAUAACAUUACGUUGUGGAUGUAAUUUAAUAUUACAAAUGUCAAAUUUAAUGAAUAAUCAACUUGAAAAUAAUAAAAUUUUACUUAAUACAAUUAAAAUAUGUUUAAAUAAUAUUUCAUCAUUUGGUUACUAUAUUAAUGCAUCGAAUCAAGAAGAAGAUUCUAAUUUAGCUUCAUUCGAUUGUCUUAUACAAGCUUAUGGAAAGAUUAAAUGUAAAGUUCUUGUUGAAUCAGUAGCACGUUGUGCUGCAUCAAGAUUUUCUGAAGGUGCUUUUUCUGGUUUAUGUGGUUUUCCAUUGAAUAAUACAGAACAUUUUCUACUUAUUACAUGUCCUGAUUAUGUACUUAAUUAUGAUGAAGAAAAUGGAAAAUAUGCUCAUUUUAUAUUUGAUCAAAUGUAUUUACAAUAUGCAAAAGUUUUUCGUUGUCCAUAUGGAAAUAUUAAUGAUUUAAUAGAUAAUUAUUCAUUUUGUUUAGUUUCUCCAUUACGAUUGAUUGCUUUUGCUAUUCGUUCAUUAGAAUUAAAAGAGAAACAAUCAUUUAAAGAUAUUGCUAUGAAAAUUCUUGAAUAUGAUAUAAUAAAUUUGUAUUCAGAUGAAAAAAAUUUUACUUGGAAAAAACUUGUUCAUUCAAGUCUUAAAAUUUUACUUGAAAUUGGUCGUUCAUUUCCAUAUUUAAUUAAUGAUAUACAUGAAAAUCAAACAUUCUUUACAAAACUUCUUGAUAAUCUAUUAAAAUUGAGCAAUGAUCAAGAAAACGAGAAUAUUCAACUUCAAGCAUUUGAACUUAUUGCAUUAAUUGUAUCUGAAGAACAAUUUUCUACAAUAGUUGAUAUAAAUAAGGUUGUUAAACUUUUUGUAAAGAAAUUUAUUGAAGCAGUAAAUAUUGACAAUGAAGAAUACAAUGCAUUAGCAGAAGAAUUACUCUAUGGAUUAGAAAGUAUGAUUGACAAUAAUAUUAUCCGAGAACAACUCGUAGAACAGAACAGUCUUCCAUAUUUGAUAAAGUACGCUAAGAAAUGGUCAAACAAUGAAAGUUCACUCAAGAUUAUUUAUGCUAUUGUAUUUACUACAAAAGGCAAAGAAGAAUUAAAGAAAGAACAAUAUAAAGAUUUCAUUGAUCAUAUUAAAUGUCUAUAUCUAUCGAAUAAAGAAGAAGUUCGACAAGCAGCACAUGGAAUCAGUUGGAAACUUACAGGUGAAAAUGAUUUUAUUGAAACUAUUGAACAACAAGAAAAAAAUCUUGAGAAAACAUCACAAUAUUAUCAAUUAGGAUUUAUUCAAGAAAAUUUAAAUUAUAAUAGUUUACAAAAUUCUGUAACAGAUACAUUUCAUAUAAUGAUUUCUUAUUCUUGGAAGAAUAAAAUACUUUGUCAUCAAAUAUAUGAAUACUUUCGAGAUGAUGGUUAUCGUGUUUGGAUCGAUGAGAACGAUAUGUAUGGUUCAAUAAUUGAACGAACGGCUGAAGCUAUUGAAAAAUCAAAUUUUAUUCUUAUCUGUGUAUCAAGUGAUUAUAAAAAAAGUGCUAAUUGUCAAGCAGAAGCUGAAUAUGCAUUUAAGCGUAAGAAAACAAUUAUUCCUCUUAUAGUCGAACCAAAUUAUAAAGCAGAUGGAUGGCUUAGUUUUAUUAUUGGAAAUAAAAUCUAUAUUAACUUUACUGAUAGAGUACAUAAUGAAUUUAAAAUAGCUUAUAAAAUGCUUCUUGUUGAAUUGCAACAUAAUGGUCUUGAUUUAUUACAAUCGCCGACUAAUUCCAAUUGUUCAAGUAGAGAAUCGGACACACAAAAGUACGUACAACCAAAACCAUCAAUAUUCGAAUCAAAACUGAACACUCAACCAAUUGAAAAUGUAUAUGAACCAAUACCUUCAAUUUCUCUAUCACAAUAUCGUCAUAUCGAACGAAUGGAUAAUUGGAAUGAAACAAAUGUUGUCGAAUUUUUUGUUGAUAAUGAUUUGAAAAUUCUCCUACCGAUAUUGAAAGGUAUUAAUGGUCAAGGUCUAAUUGAACUUUAUCGAAUUUACGAACGUUCACCAAAUAAUCUUUAUAAAAUGUUUCGCAAAGAUAAACAAAUAAUUUCUCUUGGAAUUUUUUUCAAAUUUGUUGGAAUCUUGAAAAAAUUUAUUAAUAUUUCUGAACAACAUUUCGAUUUUUAG